AUGUCUGCCAGCCAGCCCCGCACCUCGACCUCGUCCAGGAACCGCGACGACGUCCUCCAGUUCCUCGACUCGCUCGACACCUACUCGAACGCGCCCCAGCCCUCAAAGCCCCCGACCUCGUCCUCGUCGUCGACCCUUCCCCGCUCCACCUCGAACCACUCGGCCCUCGGCUCGUCCACCUCGGGCACCCGCCCUGCCGCCACCGCCCACGCUCCCGCCCAGGGCUCGGCCACCGCCGGCGCCAACGCCAAAGAGGCCCAAAGCGUCCUCGACUUCCUCGACGAGAUCACCCAGCGCUCGUCGACCCCGACCACGGCCACUCAGCCCCGCCCGCUCGACAAGAAGCCGAGCGUGCCCUCGAACCUCGGUCGGUCCACCAGCCGCAACAACCUGAGCGGCACCGCGGCGGGCACGGCGGCCGUCACCGGCGCCGCCGCCCCGCCGAGGAGGAGCACCGACAGCGUGCGCAGCGCGAGGAGCGUCGGGACGGCCGCAGGGGGCGCGAGCGCGAGCCCGAGGUCGGCAGCAGCACGCACGCCCGCAUCGGCAUCCGCAGCUGCGCCCGCACCCGCCGCCGCCGCCCCUCCCGCACCGGCCCCGUCGCACGCCGACCGCCAGCAGCAGCAGCAGCAGGCCGAGGUGCCCGCCGAGCAGGCUCAAGCCGCCGGCGGCUGGGGAUGGUCGUCCAUGUGGUCCCAGGCGACGACGGUCGUCCAGCAGGCGUCGCACCUCGCGCAGCAGGCGCGCACGGCCGCCGAGGAGCAGGUCAAGACGGCGGCGGCGGGCGCCGGCGCCGCGGGCGGCAUUGCCGGGCUCGGCGAGGGCCUCAUCAAGAAGCUCGGAGAGAACGAGCAGGUCAAGAAGUACAGCGAGGGCGUCAUGUCGUACGCCAAGGGCGCGCACCUCGACCAACUCGGCAAGGACCUCAAGUCGACAACCUUGCGCUCCCUGACCGACCUCCUGAACGCCGUCGCGCCGCCGAUCGCCGAGCACGAGGUGAUCCAGGUCAGCCUCAGCCACGACAUGGUCGGGUACGACGGCGUCGAGACGCUCGUCUACCGCGGCCUCGCCAAGAUCAUGGAGCAAAUCGAGGGCGGCACGCUCAUCGUCAAUAGCGCCUCCGGCGACAAGCCCAACGUGUCCGAGGACGACGACGUGCGCGACCUCAACCUCGUCGACGGAAUGUCCGAGGGCUGGAAACUCGCCGAGGCGAGCCUCGACCAGCUCAUCAAGGACACGUACCACGUUCCGGUCCCGCCCUCGGAGAGCGACAACGGCGCGACUGUCCCCGUCACGACCUGCCCCGUCUACCUGCGCAUCCAGCCCGUCCUCGCCCCGCUCCCAUCCCUCCCGCCGUCCCUCCUCGCGUCGAGCUCGUCCGACUCGUCGUCGAGCUCGCCCCAGUCGACCAAGGCGCUCUUCUUCCUCCUCGUGCUGCGCGACCCGACGCACAAGCUCGUGCACGCGUCGACGAGCCAGAGCAUGCCGGCGACGUGGCUCGACAUCCCGUUCGAAGACAACGAGUGGGUCGAGGACGCCAUGGUCGAGAUCAUUCGGCGCAGCGUCGAGAUCGUCGGCCAGGAAUACAUCACGCACCGCAUGCGCGCCCAGGCCGACGCCAUCUCGCAAGCGCGCGCGACGGCGCAGCAGGUCCUCUUCGACCAGCAGCAGGCCGAGGCCGAGGGCGGCGCAGCGGCCGAGACGGCGCAGGCGCGGGGGCGCGAGGACGAGGCGAACGAGCGGGCGCAGGAGGCGAGGAUCGGGGUCGUCUAG